UGGACAAGUACAACGAGGCGCUGGAGAUGGCUCCCUGCAAGUGUUCAUUAAUAGCACAGCGAGCAGAACUCUGUAUAUCAAUGAAAAACUACCAGCAAGCUCUCCAUGAUGCAGAAGUCCUCUGCCGAAACAAACCCCACUGGCCUGCGGGCCAUUGUGUGAAAGCAAAAGCUCUUUCUGGAUUGGAAAGGACUGAGGAAGCGUUGAAGGAGUUUCUCUACUGUGUUGCCUUAAAUCCCGAAUGGAGCGCAAUGAAGAAGGAAGCCCAAAAGAUAAUGUGUGAGAUGUUUUUCCCAGCCUUUGAAAAUGUGCAUGAUAGUCUAACAGCACCUUUUUCUAGUCGAACAUCCUAUACAAGAUUGAAACCUGCAUUUUUGAGUAGCAUAAACACACAGUCAACUGCUGAAGAUGGUUCUAUUGCCGGGUCCUCAAAGGAUACUGUGUUUAGAUUAACAAAAAGCCCGUCCCAAGAAUCUGAUGUAUUUAGAAGCACUGAUUCUUCUGUUUCACAUGUACUCUAUUUUGAAGACAACAAGAAGUCCUUGGGAACUAUUCUCUCCAGUUUACCUGGGGCUGGCUUAAAAAGAAAGCUGUCCAGUGACAUGAGGGAUUUACACAGCUCGGAUGUCCCUAAUAAGAUUCCUAAAAAAGAUGCAGAUGUUUUACCUGAAAACACUGCUGUUGCUUCAAGUGAGAUACCAACAACCCUUGUGGAUGCUUCUGACUUCGAGUGUUCCCUCUGCAUGAGGUUGUUCUACGAACCUGUUACCACUCCCUGUGGACAUACCUUUUGCCUCAAAUGCCUUGAGCGUUGCCUUGACCAUAACCCCCACUGUCCUCUCUGCAAAGAAAAGCUGUCAGAAUUUCUGGCAAGCAGAACUUACAAAAAGACCGUCCUUACAGAAGAGCUGAUAAUCCGCUACUUACCAGAAGAGUUGUCUGAAAGGAAGAAAGUUCAUGAGGAAGAAAUGAAGGAAUUGUCCAAUUUGAAUAAAGAUGUUCCCAUCUUCGUAUGUACCAUGGCCUUCCCUACCAUCCCUUGCCCACUUCAUGUCUUUGAACCUCGUUAUCGUCUAAUGAUCAGAAGAUGCAUGGAAACUGGUACCAAGCAGUUUGGCAUGUGCUUAGCUGAUGAAUUGAAAGGAUUUGCAGAUCAUGGCUGUAUAUUAGAGAUCAGGGACGUAAAGUUUUUUCCUGAUGGACGCUCAGUUGUUGAUACAGUUGGUGUCCGUCGUUUUAGGGUCUUAAGCCAUGGCCAACGAGAUGGAUAUAACACAGCAAACAUCGAAUAUCUUGAAGAUAAAAAGGUUGAAGGACCAGAAUAUGAAGAGCUUGUCCGCCUUCAUGAUUCGGUUUAUGAUCAAGCUGUUGCCUGGUUUACUUCUCUUAAAGACAACAUGAAAGUGCAAAUUCUCAAUCAUUUUGGGUCCAUGCCAGGAAAAGAACCAGAGCCACAGAGCAACCCCAGCGGUCCUGCCUGGUACUGGUGGCUCUUGGCAGUGUUGCCCCUGGAAAACAGAGCUCAGCUGGCUAUACUGGCGAUGACUUCCCUUAAAGAUCGUCUUAUUGCCAUCAGACGCGUGUUGAUAUUUGUGACUCGCAAAAGACCCAGAUAACAUGGACUUCAGUUGUGAGCGGGCACUGACAACAUCUCAUGAUAGGUUGUUUGGGGGGUGGGGAGAGAGAGGUUUUUUUUUCUUCUUUGUUUUUAAAGUAUCUUUCGAAAAUGAACAGCCCUUUCUGACUGUGUCCAGCAUCCAUCCAUUACAUCGGUUUGUUAUUCUGGGUAUUCACCAAUCUUUGCACUCUAUCCUGUUGUCCUGGUGAAAUCUGAGCCUCUACAAAGCAUUGCUACAGUUAUAACGUAGCUGGUAGGUGUGGAUAACUGCUUCAACGUGCUGUAAUAGAGUUGAUGUUUCUAGCCUGCAAGAGAGUUAAGUCCUAGGACAGCAUCUCCAGCCUGCAUGCGAAUUGGAUUUCUACUUAGUAGGAAAAGGAAUCUGAACAGUGGACUGAAGAGGUGUUUCCUAGACUUUUUUGGAGCUCGUCAAUAGAAGAAAAG